AUGUCACGUUCAAAAAGAGCAGUUAAAGUAGCAUCAUAUACUGAAAAAGAUGCUGAUUCGGAUGAUGAUUUUGUUUCAUCAUCGAAUAACACAAAAAAAAAUCAUCAAAGUAUAGAUAAUAAAAAGAAUGAUCCAUCUUCAUGUACAACAGCUAUUUUGAAACGGAAUGAAUCCGAACCAAGAACAAAAAAAGAACGAAUUACAAAAGCUGGACAAAAUCAAUUAGAUUGUGAUGUCAACAUCUCUAAAAAAGAAUCUAUAUCAGUUAGAAAUGAAAUAGUUCAACUGAAGACAAAUAGUUCGACUGAAUUUCCAGAAACAACAUUGACAAUAAUUGAUUACGAGAAUGAAAAGGUGAAAACAGCUGAAAUGUUAUUGACAAAUAUCGAAAACUAUGAUGACGUGACUAAGAACAACACUUAUGAUGAUGGUGAAAAAACCCAUAACAAAGCAAAAACAAUCGUAAAACAAACAGAAAUGGAAGUUGGAGUCGAUGAUGAACAAAACAAUGACAAUCUAAACGUGGAGAAAGAAGAAGUGAUUGUACACAAAUCAAAAUCGAAAAGGAGUAAAAAAACAGCAAAAAAGCAGAAAGACGCCAUCAUAUCGUUAGUCGUAACAGGAACAAUGCCCGAAAUUGAUUUGAAUGCACCGAGGGUAUCCGGACAAAAAGCAGAUUUGUUAUCAACAAGCAUGAAAACAGUGUUAACUGCAACGUCAAUAUCUCAUAAUCCUCUUGGUUUUCCGACCGAUAAAAUUGUUGUUCAUUCCCCGGGUGUUCAUCGUGUUGGUUUAAGUCGCAAAUCGUUUACAAAACCUUUACAUCCAAAUCGAAAUCCUCGAAUGGAUUUAAUAUCUAAAGAGUAA